UAAGUGCUCUCUUAUCGUGUCAAACCCUUUUGCACUGGAAAGAAUCAUCUGGUUUGGCUUGAUAGGGCAAGUUCUUCAGGGCCUUUAGGCAUUAGAGAACUGGGAGAUUACAACACCCUCCGAUCCAGGAAAGGAGAUUUCUUUGCCGUCUCUGAGAUUGUAGAUGCUGUAUCCCAGCGGACUGAACAAACAUGAUGCAGAGGAAGCUGGCGCUGCUGGUUGGCAUCGGUGCCUUGACCGUCCUCCUGAUGCUGAGGUGGGAGCACGUGAUGACCUUAGUGAACCUCAUGAGCAGCAAACGACCUUCAGCUGAGCCUGAACUGUCCAAAGACACCAUCACCCCCAUCCCAGGCUCCAGGCACCUCAUGGUGUCGGCCUUUAAGGACCACAGACUGGGCGGGGCCAUCAGGGUGAUCAGCAUCAUCUGCAGGCAGGAGCUGCAGCCGCUCUACUGUGUCCUAUGUGCUAACGCUGAUGCCAAGGCUGAUGCUAACGCUAACGCUGAUGGUGCUCUGAAUCAGUGCGCAUUUUCACGGGCAAAAGUUGACGUGCACAGCGAAAGCUUCGGCUUUCCUUUUGUGACUUCAGACGUGUUGUGUAUGAGUCCAGCGUUACAGCAAGCCACACAUGUCAGCAUAACAGCUAACCCAAACGCCAGUUUGACAUUUUUAUCAAUCCAAAACCAGGAGGUCAAGGAAUCGUUUAAGUACAACUUUACUGUAUGCAUAUCUAACCUUUUUGGGGUGUACAAUAAUGCCCUCCAAUUUGCACAAACCAUGGAGGUGUACAAGCUUAUAGGGGUUCAGAGGGUUGUCAUCUACAACACCAGCUGUGGACCAGACGUUGAGAAAAUUCUCAAGUACUACAGUAAAGAGGGUAUGCUGGAGGUUGUGCCUUGGCCAAUAGACAAGUUCCUAACGCCCUCUACUGGCUGGAGUUAUGACUUACACCAUGGGGACAUUCAUUAUUAUGGACAGCUGACCACUCUGAAUGAAUGCAUGUACAGAUACAUGUACCAGUCAAAGUACCUCCUGCUGAAUGACAUUGAUGAGAUCAUUAUGCCUUACAAGCAUGCCAACCUGGAGAACUUAAUGGGCAUUUUACAGCAGCAGCGUCCCAACGCAGGGGUCUUCAAGAUCGAGAACCACAUUUUCCCCAAAACGCAGUUCGAUGACAGCGGCCGAUUUCGUCUGCCUCGGUGGAAGAGUGUGCCUGGUGUGAACAUCCUGGAGCAUGUCUACCGAGAACCGGACAGGAAGCACGUUUUUAACCCCACAAAGGUGCUCAUCAACCCCCGGAGCGUGGAGCAGACUUCAGUACACACCACACUGAAGCAGUUCGGACUCGUCUUUAAUGUCCCGUUCGAUGUAUGCCGCAUCAUCCAUGUCAGGGUGCCACUGCAAGGACAACUCUCCAAAGACCAGCUGUUCGUCGACAAGAAACUCUGGGAAUUUGAGAAGCUUUUGAUUCCCAGUAUCGAUCGCGCACUGAAUGAAUCAGGUGUGUUGUGAAAUACUGAUGCUUCCUACGGUGACAAAGCCGUUUGGUAACGCUGUAUAUCUUUUUGUUUUGCCUCACAUGCAGCAAAAAAAAAAAGCACAAAAAGAAAAACCUUUGUAACAGUACCGAAGCGUGACUAAUUUAAUGGAGGCCCAACACAUUAUUUUCUUUCUACAGGUACACAACGUUACGCAUUACGGUGCUAAACUUAUGCUACAGUGAUACAAACGGUGUCUCUAAUCACUUCGCACCACAAUAAUUAGGUGUUUAUAAUACUCAGUUUCAUUUUCCAAAUCAAGUCAUCACUUACUAUAAAACAAAGAAAAUGUGGUUCAAAGAUCACACACACACACACACA